GGCGUGGGCGACAUACCUUCAAUUAUACAUGCGGAAUCUUGUAUCCUUUCCAACAGAUCCUAUCUAUGGCGCCCAGAUUGCGUGUGAUCGCGGUGCUCUUGGUUCUCCAAUUCAUCUCUGUUCUACCUAAUUCCGUCAGCGCAAAAGAUGUCAUAUCACCAUGGAAUGAUACCGCGACAGGUUUCGGACCAGAUCUCGGUCUCGCUGAGACCUGGAACGCCUCCUUUCCGCUAUUUGAAAGCAUAAAGUCUUUACCAACCAACAACAGUGGUGCGGCUGGCAGCGACGGGAGCAACACAGGCGUCGACCUCAAGCACAGAGCUACCAAGGACUUCUGUCUUAGGUUCAUGCCCCUAGAUGCCUCUAUCACGCAGGGAAUAUAUUUGUCGGACAACAAUGGCUACAAAAAGUCGAUACAAGAGCAGCAGCGGUGGCAGGGUUUGCAAGUGAACAGUGAGGGAUCCAUGAUUCCAACUGGCGUCAAUGCUGUCGUGAAUCGCCCUCUGGCCCAGCGCCAGCUUAUGGUGGGUGGCCUGGUGAACUGGAUGUACCCGAAGGCCCACGCCAUAUGGGGUGUUGGAGUAUAUAUUCAUCAGUGUCCUGCUUCCCGUUGUCAGUAGACGUAUAUUAC